AUAAACACAAAAAAUAAAAAUAAACCCCGUCUCCAAGCAACUCUCUCUAAUCCAAUCCUCCCUUCCUUCCUCUCCUCCAUCUCUAAUCCCCUAUGCGUUUUUGCCCUAACCCUCUUCAAACCCACAAAGAGUUUUCACAGUUUCAGACUCAAGAAACAAAGCUUUAGAGAGAGAAGAAGUGAUCAAUGGAAGCAGAGCAGCAAGGACCAACAACAAUGGAGCCCAUCCUCGGCUACUACACCUCGUACUUCUCACCUCGGGAGUUCGAAAUCGCCGAAAUCAUGGUCGGACUUCCUGACAUCAUCUCCGAAUUAGACGACCGCCCUCGAAUUCGGGUCCCGUGGGGCCACAAGAAGAAGAGAUCUGCGCUGGCUGUACAAGACCAAAGAGUUCGGAACAACAAGUCUUCGUCCUCGACUGUGCUUCGGCUUCGGUUGCCGUCGUCCUCGUCUUCCCCGAAUCCUGGGUCGAAAGUUCCGGCCACUAAUGUUGUCAAGGUCGAGAGGUCGAGCCCCAACACGCCGCUGUCGUUUGAAUCCGAUGAGAAGCCUAGUCAGUUGAGAAGUAAAGUGGUGGUCGGAAAGAGGAAAAGAGAGGAAUGGCUGGAGGCGAUAAAUGGACUAGUGAAGCGCAAAGAAUUGCUACAUAAAGAGAUACAGAAUGUGAAGGAUUAUAAAGAAAAGCUGAUUAAAUUUAAUUUGGUAUUGCAGUCAAGGAAGCAAGAGCUGAAAAAGCAAAGAUUGAUUCAGAAAGAACCUCAAUCGAAAAUUGAGGAACCAAAGCUGAAUCUUGAUAUGAAAUUGGGCCAACCCACGCCCAUACAAACAUCCAUAGUCAUUUGUGCCCCUACGAUUGUUGAACAAGAGCGUUAUCAUCAACUAAGUGCUCCUCAUCAGUAUCAAACCCUGGAUCACACCGCUCAAACUCGAGGCGCAGUAAUUAUUGAGAAUCAUGGGUAUCUAUCAUCUACUACUCAAGUGGCCUCAACCUCUUUGCCAUCUAACAGUGUCGAUGCUACUGGAUUGAGAUUGGUAAGCUACAAUCCUGAUCACGGCUUUUCUUCUUUUCCUAACCAGAAUCGUGGCUCCGCCUUUGUUACCAAGAAUCUCUAUAAGGCUGUGUCUGCACAAAGAAGGCAUGAGAGAUAUCAGAAAAAUAGGGUUAAAAAAACCUCUCUUUUAGGUCAAAGACAGAGUCAAGAGUUAUAGUGAUGCUAUCUUUCAGUUUCAGUUUUUCCCCCAAUAAUGGUAUUACUUGUUAUGUGGGGUGUAUUUUUUUUUUUUACUUAGGUGAUUUAAGGUUUAGGGAAAAGGGUACAAGACGGCAUCAAAUUGGUGCUUCGACCCUGUCUUUGAUAUCCAAAUUGGUGAUUUGAUGUUUAGGGAAAAGGGGUAGGAGAGUUCUAGCACUUCUCAAGCAUCAAACGGGUGCUUUAGUUGCGGCUUUAGGAUAUAUUGUAUCUAAUUGGUGAUUAACUAUUUGACCAUAAUAUGCUUAUAAUGAAAUUUUGUCAUUUGGAGA